AUGGAGGAGAACAAUGAUAUGCUGGCACCCCCGGCUGUCUCGCAGCUGCGUGCGCAGGCUGGUGGUCAGAUGGAACGCUCCCUCAGUGCAGACAUUCGGGAGGAGAGGGAAGACUUGCGCGAGGCGGCAGAGCAGACAAUGAAUGUCAUCAUGGAUCUCAGCUUGGACGGCAUAAUCAGAUGGGUCAGUCCCUCGUGGACCGAUGUCAUCGGCACCACGUUCGAGUCUGUCCAGGGAAAGCCCAUCAAGGACCUUCUGGUCAGUGAUAACAAAGAGGUCUUUGCAGAGAUAGUGGAGUCGAUGCAGAAGGACGACUCAAGAAGUCACCUUGUACGAUUCACAGUUCAAUUAGGUCCUGCCUCGAGGUUGGCGCCCAUCGAGAUUACGGACCAGCUCGAGCCCGAGGGCGAAGAUGUUCCAAUGGCUACGGAAGAACCUUCUACUAUUGAUCUGGAGGGGCAAGGUAUCAUGGUCUACGACAGAUCAUCUGGAGGCGAAAGUCACACGAUGUGGAUGAUUCGACCCUGGAUUGCCCCACGCGAAAUACAAAUCGACCUGCCGUCUGUUAUCGUCGAUUCCCUAGGCUCUGGAGCAGAAGUCCUGGCAAGCUACCUUACAACCCUCGCUGAGGCAGGUUUGGAGGACCCGCAGCACCAUGCACCACCUCUACCGGUCCUGUGUCGGAUCUGCGAGCGUCAGAUUCCGCCGUGGUGGUUCGAGAAGCACACUGAGCUCUGUCUACAAGAACACAAGGCCGAGAUGGAAGUUCAGAUGUGUCAGGAGAAUCUUACAGAGCACCGUCAUGCGAUUGUCAAAGUUCUCGAUGCUCUCGAAGCACGGAAAUCACGACCAAAUUCGGGCGAACAACCCAUCCUCGCACCACCGCAAGCUGAGUACAAAGGUAUGCCAAUCGGACCGAGUUCCUCGACAUCUUCCUCGUCCGGAACUGCCUCGCCAGGUACUCCAAGUGGAAGAUCAAGAGAUCCCUCGACUUCCGGCUUCGGUCAUGCACGCGCACGGUCAUUCGCAGUACGACGCCCUCAAGCACGAAUUGUCGAGCUGCUGCUGGAUCUCUGUGACACCUCAAUCGAGAUCAGUACCCCAGCUAUUAAGGAAGCAUCUUCGAAAGCUCCUGGCGAGUUUCGCACGCAGUCCCCGCAAUCGGAAUCCCGAAUAUCGCAGGUUAUCCAGUGGCAGUCUCCGAGCACAAACACCCUGGAUCAGGAGCAAGGGCUUGCAUUGCUGUGUGCAGACAGCGAGAGAGCAGCCAAGGCGAAAGUUGAGGCUGUGCUUCGCCACCGAAGGAUUAUCGAGUACUCGGAACGUAUUCGCAUGGAAUUCACGGUAAUUGUGCAAGACUGUAUCGAUGAGGCGAUGCGAAAGGCCGCGAAGAUUGCCGCUGGUCAUCUCACAGACUCUGAUGCGGAGGAGGAGAGAACUCCUGCACACGAUGACGGGUUCUUCACUGGAUCUUUUGAUGGACCAUCCUCUUUGGCCCAAGCUCUCCGUACAGCUGAACUGGAGCGAGAAGGCGGUCGAAGAACCUCAUUUACAAUUGCCUCGACAAGAUCAAGCAGCCCCAAGGAAUGCCCAACUCCGCGAUCGCACACUGGCCAAGUCAGCAGUAUUCUCUCGCAGUCUCAGGAUUCCCGUCGGCAGUCCCUGUUCUUCGAGAGCGAUGCUGGUGAUAGCGAUGGAAGCGUUAGAUCCUCAUCAUUGAUGUCUCGACCCGCACGAACCGAAUCCCCUGUCUCAGAGUUUGGCGACCUUCGACGUGCUGCAAGCUCUCGCCGAAGCCAUCGAAGAAGCAUCAUUCUGCCUGGUACUUCUUCCCCUCGGCGUCAGGAGUCACCAGUUCGAAUGCCCCAACCAUCAUCUCCAUUAAGGAUAGCAAAGCCGCGUGCUGGUCUGCCGACUCCCCAUGAAGGCAUUGUUUCCCCUACUGCUUCGCCAAUGCUCCCCGGCAGCGAAUUCAGCUCUCCUGCUAUCAUUCCAUCCCACCACAGACGUCAGUCGUCAGCUGCUGGCUCGGAUCCUUCACGACCUCCACCAUCUCCACGGUUAGCCUCUGUCAGUGCACCGCAAGCACGAGCAGUGCCGCCAUCCAUCAAGGAUUUCGAAAUCAUCAAACCCAUCAGCAAGGGAGCGUUUGGAAGCGUCUAUCUGGCGAAAAAGAGAUCGACCGGUGAUUACUAUGCUAUCAAGGUCUUGAAGAAAGCGGACAUGGUUGCCAAGAAUCAAGUUACCAACGUGAAAGCCGAGAGAGCCAUCAUGAUGUGGCAAGGCGAGAGCGACUUUGUUGCAAAGCUAUAUUGGACAUUUUCGAGUAAAGAUUACCUCUAUCUGGUCAUGGAGUAUCUUAACGGUGGAGAUUGUGCAUCUCUCAUCAAGGUUCUUGGUGGCUUGCCAGAAGACUGGGCGAAGAAAUACCUCGGGGAAGUGAUCUUAGGUGUGGAACACCUUCACAACCGUGGGAUCGUUCAUCGCGAUCUGAAGCCUGAUAAUCUUCUGAUUGAUCAGAAAGGUCAUCUGAAACUGACGGACUUUGGUCUGUCGAGAAUGGGAUUGAUUGGUCGUCAAAAGCGUGUGCUGAAUAGCACAACAAACGAGUCUGCUCCGGAUUUGCUUAAGCAAGGCCCAUUCGCACGAACUACCUCGAUUAGCUCAUCGCGCUCAACUUCAUUCGAUUUUCAAGGGCAUCACUCCCCUGGCUCUACACCUCAAAUGACCCCAGAUCUUGCAGGUGGUCUUACGACACCAUCAUACUUCACUCUCAGCCGAGAAAGUACUAUGAACAAGGAAUCGCGUCGUACAUCCGGUCGAAGCGAUAGCGGUGGUAGCGAAACAUUGAACCAGAUGUUCAGCAGCUUCUCUCUCAACGACCCACAAGCCCAACAAAUGCUCAAUCAAAGAAGAUCUCCCAUCGAGGAAAUGAGCGAGACCGAAAGCAAUGGUAAUGGCUCGCCUGACCCAUUGUCUCUUCACCAGACUACAACCCAGUCUAGCUCCGAGCAGAAGAACACCCCGCCACAAAACAGUAUGAUGCCGCCUCCGAUGGCUUUGUUUGAUCCCGACGACACGAAUCGCCGAUUCGUUGGUACGCCGGAUUAUCUUGCGCCCGAGACCGUGAAUGGUGUGGGCCAGGAUGAGAUGAGUGAUUGGUGGUCUGUUGGCUGCAUUCUGUUCGAGUUCCUCUACGGAUAUCCGCCAUUUCAUGCAGGCACACCCGAUGAGGUGUUUGAGAACAUCCUCGCACGGAGAAUCUCUUGGCCGGACGAUAACGAUAUCGAAGUUUCCCCUGAAGCCAAAGAGCUGAUGAACAAGCUCCUCUGCCUCGAUCCCAAGGAUCGGUUUGGACGGAAUAACGACGACAAGUAUUCCUGCGGUGGUGAAGAGAUCCGAAACCACGCUUGGUUCGAAGGCGUAAAUUGGGAAACGCUUCUCGAGGACGAUGCUCAAUUCGUUCCAGCGCCGGAAAACCCGGAAGAUACAGAGUACUUCGAUGCUCGUGGUGCUACGCUACAAUCCUUUGCAGAAGAGAUGGAAGAUCAGUCUUCGCCACCAAGCUCGACGCCAGGUGCCGAGUACCACGAGAGACCCCACGACGCGUUGUCUCGAGUGAGGUCUCAAGUGAACUCGAUCAAGCGAGGACUAAUGCCGUUACACAUUCCGCCACACGUGCGGGACAUGAAGAGUCGCAGAUUGAGCGAGCCGGUAGUUGCUGAUGACUUCGGAAACUUUGCCUUCAAGAACUUGCCGGUCUUGGAGAAGGCGAAUAAGGAUGUUAUUCAGAAGCUUCGGGCCGAGGCGAUGGCCGCUCAGAGCAAGCCCAUCACUAGCCCCCCUGUGUCUGCCACCAGCGUCAGCUCUCCCCAGCCGACUCUGGAGGGAAGUCCGAUUCUACCUAUGCCAAUACAACGAACACUAUCCAAUGCUAAGGCUUCCAACCGACCUUCGUCACCCUCAGGAUUCAGCCAAGCCAAUUCGUCACCAAGCAGGGCUUCACAACCAUCUUCGCCUCUGCUUGUUUCGUUUGUCGCUGGCCAAAAUGGGGAAGGACGUCGCAAAACCUCAAGCAACUCGUCAAGUCUAUCACAUCAGUCAAGCAGCUCGUUGGCCCCUGGAAGCUUCUUUGAAGCUCCUCGAAUGCCUGUUACUCUUCAAAAGGCUGUUUCAGCUCUGUCGUCUCCGAUCAAGAGUCGAGGAAGCGCUCAGAUUCCGCCCCCAUUAGCAUUGUCUCCACAGAAGAUCACGACACCAAGACAAACCAGCGGUUCUUCGAAUCGUGCUCGCUCCCAGACCGUUGGUUCUCAGGAAGGCAGCCCAAUUCCGGCAGACUUGUUCUCUCACCGGAAGCGACGAAGCCAGGUUUUUGACAUGUCACCAUCGUCGUCAGACAACGAAGGUGAGAAGGCGAAUGCUCUUCUUCGUGUUCAACGACGUCGUCAAAGCUCCAGGCGCAUGUCACAUAUCACCCUCGCUGAUGGACCUAUCUUCCGUUCUCUUGAUGUGCUUAUUUGCGAGGAUCAUCCAGUCUCUCGAAUGGUCAUGGAGAAAUUGCUUGAAAAGUUGCGAUGUCGAACGAUUACUGUCUCGACCGGAGCUGAAGCCUUACGAUAUGCUAUGAGUGAGAUCAAAUUCGACAUCAUCUUGAUGGAGUUUAAAUUGCCUCAAAUUAACGGUGCCGACGUGGCCCGAAUGAUUCGAGAGACCAAGAAUGCCAACUCGCAGACUCCGAUUGUUGCUGUUACAGGCUAUCUCAAGGAGUUGCAAGAUCCUCAUCACUUCGACGCUUUGAUCGACAAGCCUCCGACGACUUCCAAGUUGACGGAAGCGAUGUGCAGGCUUUGUCAGUGGAAGGCUCCGGCACCUGGGCAAACUGUCUCGAAUCCCAUACCGUACCCUCAGCCUUCAGGUCUCCGAACUGAGAGCCUGAGACUAGAGGAUAGUCCAACGUCUGGCUCAUCUGGCUAUGCUCACGCGCUCGGCAGCAGCUUCAGGGGAUCGAGUCGUGGAGACUCGAUUAGCUCAAGCAUGUUUGGCGAUUCUGAGUCAUUGAUGAACGAGGAUGUACCGGUCGUCAUUAGCCGUAAAGCUACUGGAGAUUGGGAUGAACCUGGUGGUCUGGGUAUCAGCAGCGAAGAGGCUAUCCUCGACUCACGCGAACUUCCCAAGGCUUUACCUCCAAAUCUACUCCACGAAGAGUCGGCUCCUGCUCGAAUGGAAAUCGUCCACAAGAUUCCUAUCAGGCAACGAUCUUCGGAAAAGAUUCAGGCUAAGCGUGAAUCUAUCGAGAGACAUCGCCACGAAUGUGUUGAAUCUGGCGAUGAUGAGGAUGACGAACUGGGCGUAUGCGUGCGAGAGAAGAGCCCAAAGAACGCGGUCAAGGCUCACCGUGGCUCGAAACUUGGGACAGAGAUGAUGCGCACCAACAGCCGAGGAAGCGUGGUGUCAAGCUCUGAUAUCACCCCAGGCGCAGAUACUGUCGAAGUACCUCUCACAGUUAGCGAAGAAACAAUAACCUCCCCAGAGGCCACUGGCGCAACCUUGACACCUCCCGAGCAAUUCCAAGCCUCAGCCGACAACGUCGCUCCAAUCGACCUAAUGGAAACACCCAAGCCUUCCUACUCUCAAGUCAAUCCCCUAGACGAAGAACCAACUCCAAGAGCGCCCUCGGCAGCAUCAAACCGCGCCGACUAUAUUAUGCAACGCUCACCGAGCAAGAAUGCUCGCUAA